AUGUCCGACCUCGCCAAGUCCUUCGCCGCAACCAAAUUUGUUCCUCCUCCACCAGCUUCAGCACUUUCAGAAGAUCCUGAAAGCCACUAUGUCUCUGACUCCUCGUCCGCAUCAUCCAUGUCCUCGACCGGCACAUUACGCCCUACCACAGGACAAACACCUUCUGGUCCAUCCAUCACCUGGAAUGACUACUUUACACAAGAGCUCUAUCUCGAACACAUUUUCGAUAAUAAAUCUCGUGCCAAAUAUCAUGUAUACGUAACACCUCCGGAUACCAUUAAAGCUCCUCUCUUCGUUCUUCACCAUGGAGCAGGGAGCUCUGGUAUGAGCCUAGCCUUAUUUGCUAGAGAACUGAAGAUGCUUCUCCCAGAUGCAGGUAUCAUAUCCCUUGAGGCGCGUGAGCACGGCAGUGUGGUGUACGACGCGGAGGGCAACGUCAACAGCGAUCUUUCCAUCGACGUGCUGAGCUCCGAUAUGGUUAGCAUGCUAAAGCUCACUUCAGCAAAGCUCGGCUGGCCAGAACUCCCUACAAUGUUACUUGUAGGCCACUCGCUAGGAGGUGCGGUGGUUACAGAAACUGCAAAGUCUGGCGUAUUAGGCGAUAGAGUUCUUGGAUACGCUGUACUCGACGUCGUUGAGGGUUCGGCAAUGGAUGCUCUGAAAAGCAUGCAGUCUUAUCUAUCUGCGCGGCCAAAAUCAUUCCCUACAGUAGACGCGGCCAUAGAUUGGCACAUCAGGUCACGCACUCUACGGAAUCUCGCGUCGGCAAGAGCAUCAGUCCCGCCUUUAUUGAUGAUGAUUCCGUCGGGGGUUUGGGUGUGGAAGACUGACCUUUCACGUACAGAGGCAUAUUGGGAGAACUGGUUCUCAGGCAUGAGUAGCAAGUUUUUAACAGCAAAGGGGGCAAAGCUCCUGAUGCUGGCUGGUACUGACAGAUUAGACAGGGAGCUGAUGAUUGGGCAGAUGCAAGGAAAGUUUCAAUUAUACGUCUUCCCAACGGCAGGCCAUUUCUUGCAAGAGGAUCUGCCUGAGAAAACUGCUGAAGCCAUUGCAGAAUUUUUUCGACGGAAUGAUAGAAAUACCCUGGUGUUGCCACCUAAAGUCUCAGACUUGAUUGCGCAGGGCAAGAAGGUAUGA